AAGUUGAUUAUGUUGACGAAUUUUUGGGCGUGGACAAGGUUGAAUUUUCAUAUAAAACAGAUCGCGAGGACCGUUUUGGUAUCACUUGUUCGGGUUUCAACAAGAGUCAAUACAAAAUGAACACCUUCCUUUUCUUCCUUGGAGCUAUUGCUGCCGCCAGUGCCGGUAUUCUCCCAGCCCAAUUGGCUUACGGAGUAGCCCCAUUGGCUGUGUUGCCGAGAGGCCAUGGAUUAGAAGGACAGUACGUUCCAGACAACCUCGAAAAACUCUACGACGAUGGAUCCUACAAACCAGAAUUGAGAGCUGUUGAAUUGAGCCCAUCCCCAUACGGUCUUACCCCAUCUGGAUCUGGAUUGGAAGGUGCCUACGUUCACGAUCUCACCGAAAAAUUGUUCGACGAUGGUUCUUACAAACCAGAAUUGAGGGCUGUACCAUUGGCCCCAUCCCCAUACGGACUUACCCCAGCCGGUUCCGGUCUUGAAGGAUCUUACGUGCACGACAUCACCGAGAAACUUUUCGACGAUGGCUCCUACAAACCCGGAUAUUACCACUAAAUCUUAGUCAAUAUUAGUCAAUAAAUUGUAUAAAAUUAUUAA